AUGUCAAUAUUCGGACUCAUCGUGUUACUUUUUGCCACCUCAUCAGCUCAGUGGUUUCCUCCUAUUUCAACUGGAUUAGAUGCUCAGAAACAGCUUUUCCGACCAGUGAAUUUCCCCAAUCUUCACGAAGGAUUUUUAUCUGAAUUUACUCGACAAUUGCCACAUUCCCCUCAUUAUGUUAGCGGACUUGACCCGUCAACUUUUCACUGGACAGGUGUCACUAUGUUCCGAGAAUCGAACUCCCAGAAAUCUUGGAUUAUAGCUGCAGGGACUUCCCCUAAACGAAAUCAAUCCGGAACUGCGUUUACAACCGAUUUUGGAGCAGUUUUUGGCUGUCGAAUCGAUGUGCUGCCUGAUAAACCGGGUGGAUUUGAUAUAACCUCUUGUGAAAUACUCGGAUUAGAUACCGGUUCUCCUAUUCUGAAUCACACAGAUGCAGGGUUACUGGGGAAAGGUCUACAAAGUUUGAAUCUCCCUACAGGUGGCGUAGUAGUUUUUUGUGAUCCCCUUUCACACUCCAACCAGGGAUCGUGGUUUCCCGGUGGCCGAUGCAACAUCAUGGAGAGAUCUAAUGAUCGGUGGUGGUCACGGACCCCUAUCGAAUUCUGCUCUGCCUACGGACGUACACAGCCCUGUGCUGGAGGCUUUUCCAUUGAUCUUCGUCUUUCUGAUGACGGAAAGAAUGCCCAGCUGCUUAGUGGUCUUCCAUUCGCAUUUCCAAACCCGAGAGUUAGAACUGUGGAUGAUAUUUUGGGGAGAGGACAACAGCGAAUUAGAGAUCUCGGUUCAGAUGAGGGUUCUUUCGGCUAUUCUCUUGCAUGGUCUCCAUAUUCUCCAGGUAGGAAAGAAGCACUGGCUAUCGUUGGUUCUCCGCCGUCUAACAUUCAGGUAUUUGAAAUCACCCGAUUAGGGGAUGAUAUCGACAACCAGAUCUUGACAAUCAAUGGAAGCAGGUUUGGUGGAUUGGGAUUUGCUGUGGAGACUGGCAUCGUUGGUUCUGGUUUAGCUGUUAUUGCGGGAGCGCCUUAUGAAGAUGUGAAGAAAGUUGGCGCAAAUGCUGGAAAAGUAUAUAUCCAAUUCAGAGAUAAUGAGAAGUCGCAGAAUUUCACCUUGGAUGGAUCUCGAUCUGGGGAAAUGUUUGGAUAUGCCAUAGCUCGAAUUGGGGAUGUUGAUGGGGAUGGAAUUGAUGAAGUGGCUAUUUCUGCACCAGCUAUUGGAGCCGAAAAUAUUCCUGGAAGGGUGUAUAUUCAUCGAGUUCUUGCGGAUUAUCGAUUGGAGAAAGAACCAAUUCAGGUAACUAAUGUUUUUAAAUUUGAUAUUUUACUUUAUGCUUUUAUUAUGAUCCAUUAUUUCAUUGGGGUGAGAGCAUUUAUUUUAUUGGCUCUAAUUUAUUACCUAUUAUCCUGUUGUGGAAAAAUACAAAUGUUUUAA